AUGGCUCACGUAGAUGACUUUAUAUUUGUCAACACUUCGAAUCCCGAUCGUUUUCGCGACAAAGACAUCCAGCGUACCAUUCGAAAGCGCGUGAUGCGCGAUAUCGGCAAGGCGCGACGAAAAAGCAAACAUACCCCUGCAGUGACCUUUGUCUGGCAACCAUCGCAUCCAUCGACACGACUGGAAUCACCGGCUCCAUGUCUCGGCUCGAAUCCUCUUCCUGUGGAGAUAGACUCUCGGGCCCUGGAACUGAUUCAUUUCAGUAUGUGA